AUUUUCAGCUGGAUAUUGGCUAAAAAUUAAUGCUGAUUAUCUUGCUGCACUGGGUUCGGUCGUUUUCUCAGGAAAAAAAGUUUUAUCCCUUUUUUGUCGAAAUCUUUUCGGAUGUUUGAAUGAGUGAAUCGGCGAUAUGCUGGGUGAAAGACUCGUUUUUAAAAUUAUAUUUGCUGUGGGGCUAUUUUUUAUUGCACAAGUAGCAAUUUUUUGGAUGCAAUUACAAAAUUUGGAUGAAAAGAAAUAUAUACUUGUUGCGGAAAUCGACACUUUGCUGAGGAAACGAGAAGAGUUGAAUAAAAAGAUUUGGAUGCAAGAAAAGGAAACCUAUCGUAUGGAGGGGAAGUUGCAGCGAAUUGAUAGUUUAGUUCGUGAUCGAAUACCGCUGGCGGAAAUACGCAAAGACCUUCCAUUUAUUUAUUUUAUAACGCCAACUUAUCGAAGACUGACACAGAAAGCUGAUCUCAUCCGCCUAGCGCAAACAUUGACGUAUGUGCCCAACUUAUACUGGAUUGUAGUCGAGGAUGCGAAUAAUACAUCUCCAUUCAUCGCCGAAAUUUCCAAAAGAUAUCGUAUUAGAUUUGCUCACCUUUAUGCGCUCACACCUCAGGAAAAGAAACCAAAUGAAGCAGAUCCGAACUGGAAAAUUGCGAGAGGAGUAGUUCAGCGAAAUAAAGCUCUCAUGUGGUUGAGGAAGAAUUUGGACAGAUCCAGGAGAGGAAUUGUGUAUUUCGGUGAUGAUGACAAUACCUAUGAUUGGAGAUUAUUUGAUGAAAUGCGAUCCAUAGAAAGAGUGGGGGUGUGGCCAGUGGGCCUCGUUGGUGGUUUAAUUGUUGAGACGGCAAAGCUUUCAGAAGAUAAGAAUAUAUCAUUCAAUUCACUGUGGAAGCCAGAACGACCAUUUCCUAUCGAUAUGGCGGCGUUUGCCAUCAAUUUAUCUUUGGCACUUGAUGCUAAUGCAUUCUUUACAUAUGACGUACCCCGUGGUUAUCAGGAGUCUUAUUUUCUUACUGCUUUGGGUUUGAAACGAAACGAUUUGGAAUUGAAGGCUAAUGGUUGUACGAAGGUAUAUGUUUGGCAUACUAGAACGGAGCGAACCCUUCUUUUGCAGAGAGAAAAAGUGAAAGUUUGGCGAGGCUCAUUAAAUGAUGUUGAAACCGAUGCUCUCUAUUAAUUACGGGCUAUUUGCAAUUUUCGGCUCUUCGUUCAUUUUCGUUACAAUUUCGAUUUUCGAUUUUUCUUUCACAAUUCAGUAUUUCGGAGUUCAAAUCGGUUACAUUUUAUCAUUGUUGCUGUGUUGUUUACAUAAAUCGUUUAUGUAUCAUUUCAGUAAGAGUAUUCCAUGCCUGCAUCGUAGCCUUAUGAUUUUAAUCUAUGGCUAACUUUCAAGUCCAUGAUUUACAUAUAAUUUACUUCAUUAGUCAUUUGGUCGCAUUUUACCAUUGCUUUUGGUCAAAAAUUAUAAAGAUGAAUUAAUCAUAGCAUGUGUGUACCUUAACCGUAAUCGAAUAGGACUCUAUUAUACUUAAAUUACUUGGGCAAUAAAAAAUUCAAAACCAUAUUCUACUCAGAAUUUCCCAUUUUAUUGAGUCUUCUUCCAGUCUAUUUGCAUAAAUUAUCCAUGCUAAACAAAGAACAAAGAAUACUAAAUCAAUGCUCAAGGAGUACUAGGUCAUUACAAUGUAAUUUGAGGGUUAUACACAUUUCAGGUUGAUAUUUCCUGCACAGGUAUUUUGUGGUUGGUUCAUGUUUUAUGUCUUUUUGUAAUACUUCUACAUUUUCUGUUUUGUUCUUUUAGUUUGGCUUCAGUUAAUUUUGCUUUUCUUUUAGGAGAAAUCGACACUUUGAAAUAAAACGGAAAAGUCUAAGCAUUUUCUGGCUCUUCAGGACCGUAAUGAUUCAAAAAUUUCUAUGCAUUCUAUACCAGUUAGUGUAGUGUAGUAGUUCAUGC